UUAUUUCAAGAUAUUAAACCGUUGAAAUCAAAGCAUCACGGGCUUGUGGGCUGCACUGCUCCUUCAGUUUAUUAUAUGAGAAAAUUAGUUGAUUCAGUCUCCUCAUUACCAGUGGAGAGGCUGCCACUGAGGGACUUUAAAGGACUAGAGGACUGUGAUCCUCCUACUGUAAAAGCAGUACUCUCUUUCUCCUAUCAUUCUACAAUGGGGAAUAUGGACGAAGCAUUUAAAGAUGUCAAAAAUAUCAAGAGUAAAGGAGUGUGGGAGACGUUAGCCAUGAUGUGUGUCAAGACUCACAGACUUGACGUGGCUCAGGACACAGCGGAAGAGUUGUUCCUGUCCAGUGGUCGCUAUGAUUUAUUAAAUCAAUUUUAUCAAAAUUCCGGACGAUGGCAAAAGGCAGUAGAAGUGGCUGAGCUUAAUGACAGGCUUCACCUUAAGAACACUUAUUAUAAUCUGGCAAAACAUUCUGAGAGUGUUGGAGAAAUAAAAAGUGCAAUAAAGAGUUAUGAGCAGUCUGGUACCCACAGAUUUGAGGUGGUUCGUAUGUUAAUAAAUGAUCCAGAGGAUUUAUCAGAAUAUAAUCUAAGGGCACAAGACAAGGAAGUCCAGCAUUACUGGGCAGAACAUUUAGAGUGCAGUGGUGAUCUUGACGGUGCCAUUGAUCAGUACAGGGCCUGUGAGGACUAUCGCUCUGUCGCAAGACUACUCAUAUUCAUGGGGGACACUGAAGAAGCUAUCAAGGUUGUUGAAGAGACCAAAGACAAGGCUGCCGCUUAUCAUGUUGCUAGAGUAUUUGCACAAUCGGAAGACUGGUAUCGUGUUAAGAAAGCUGUCCGUUUCUACACAAUGGCUAAGUGUUACAGUCAUGCCAUCACAGUAACUAAGGAUUUUGGCAUGGAAGCAGAACUGAUGAAUCUGGCAUUGCUUAGCACAACAGAAGACAAAAUUGAUGCAGCAAAAUACUUUGAGACAAAAUCUGAUUCAAAAGAAAAUGCCAUUUUACUAUAUCACAGAGCUGGUGAACUGUCUAAAGCUCUUGAGUUAUGCUUCCAGUAUCGCCAGUAUGAGGUAUUGCAACAGAUAGCAGAAGAGCUGACUGAGUCAACUAACCCAGAGACUGUUCGUAGAGUAGCUGAAUACUUCAUACAACAAGAGCAGUUUGAGAAGGCUGUACAAAUGUUGCUGCAGAGUCAUAAAUUAUCCGAAGCUCUUGAGAUGUGUCUACGAUAUAAUGUUAUCAUCAAUGAAGAGCUAGCAGAGAAGCUAACACCGUCACCUGCUGAAAAUGAGACUGUUGAGGAAACAAAUGAAAGAGUGAAACAGUUAAAUGCUUUAGCUGAUGGCCUAGUCUCCCAAGGAUCUUACCACUUAGCAGCAAUGAAGUACACUCAAGCUAGCAACAAGCUUCAGGCAAUGAAGGCAUUAUUGAAGUCAGGUGAUACUGAGAGGGUAGUGUUCUUUGCUAAUGUCUCAAGGCAGAAGGAGAUAUACAUAAUGGCUGCCAAUUAUCUCCAGUCGCUGGAUUGGAGGAGUAAUCCAACUGUGAUGAAAAACAUCAUCAGUUUCUAUACUAAAGGAAGAGCUCUGGAAAUGCUCUCCAACUUUUAUGAUACUUGUGCAAAGGUUGAAAUAGAGGAGUAUCAGAACUAUGAGAAAGCAUUGGCUGCUCUUAAUGAAGCACUGCUAGUGCUAGAGAAAUCAAAAGGAAAGCAUGUCACUUCCAUCGAAGAAAAGAAAACCUUUCUAAAGAGAAGAUUGGAACUCAUCACUAAAUUCAUUGAUAUUAGAAGCUCAUAUCCUGAUAGCCCUGAUCAAAGCAUAGACCAGUGCCUCCUCUUAUUGAAUGAUCCUCAUAUUGAUACUGCUCUGAGGACCGGGGAUCUAUAUGCUAUGAUUAUCACACACUAUGCCUAUCAAGGCGACCAUCAACAAGCUUAUAAAUAUAUAAAUGAGUUGAGGAAGAGACAGCCAGGGGUUAAUCUGACGUUUUAUAUAAAGCAGCAGACGCUUGACUCCAUUAACAAAGCACUGGGGACUACACUAGGCGGAGAGAGUGAGGAAAAGGAGGAGGAGGAGGAGAAAGGAGGCGAUGAAGGUAGCGAUGACAGCAUUGAAGAAGUUGUAGACUAGAACAUACAUAAUAAUAUACUUAUACGCACAUAAUAUCACUUUACGUAGAUGUACAUCAAUUAAUCAUAUUUGUGCCAUGGUGGACACAAGAAAAACUUUAUUUUA